AUGGAGUUUCGGUUGAUAUCCCUGGGAACUUUUUAUUUUUGUCACCUCUGGUUGUCAGGAAUACAUUUGUUGCCGAUCAACACAUCUACUGCUUACAUUCUCACCACCCUGAAGAGCAUUUUUACUCAGCAACACACAUCUUACUGUGCUAACAGUAAAGUACGGCUUCCAAACUGCAACCUCAAUGAUGAGAAAACCUUGAAGAAAAAGGGAAGAGGGACAUUUGAUGUCAGAGUGGAGGAGAACCACAACAUUUGUGCUGUGACAUGGUACGACACCCGUCAGGUGACACUUGUGUCAUCCUUUACUGGCCCAGAACCAGUGGAAAAGGUUAAACGUUGGGACAAAACUGCCAAAACAUUUGUGGAAGUUCAGAGGCCUAACAUCGUGGCGACCUACAACAAAAACAUGGGGGGAGUGGAUUUGCUGGACUCAUUUGCGGCCAAGUACAAGUUUCCUCUCAAGUCCCAUCGUUGGUACAUCUACAUCUUCUGGCACACAAUUAUUCUAGCUGUGAUCAACGCUUGGCUCCUGUACAAACGGGACUGCAAGGCCUGGGCUAUUCCAAAGAAAGAGAUCCUGAUCAGGAGACGGUUGCAGGCCCAGUUGGCAUCCUCCCUUAUCCUGACUGGCACAUCUGUCCCAGUGCCAAAGCGAGGGCGGCCAUCCUCAAGCCCUAUGAGUUCUCCAGCUGCUAGGCCCUCUAAGAGGAGAAAUGCACACCCAUCAAGUGAUGUCUGCAAAGACAUGACUGGGCAUUUCCCCAUCAAAGCUGACAGGGGAAGAUACAAUCACUUCUGUGACCCUUUAUCAGCAGGAAAGUGA